AUGCCUCCAACCCCAGGCCCAUGGAAGAAGAACUCUUUACGCACGGGCAGCCACUGGGCAUCGUCCAAUCCAUGUGCCAACUGGUCUUCAUGUCGCCAAAGGUGCGGGGUCGCCCCGAUGUAUAAGUGUCACUGUAGCUGUGGCCCCAACCUUGGGUAUGAGCCCCCCAGAAAGAAGGUCAAGCAGCAGCAACGCCCUUGGCAUCCUCCUUACUGGGCUAUGUACCCGCCCUGGGGCCGCUGGGCAGGGCCCUGGUACCCUCUUCCUGCCGCUGCCUUCCAGAAGGGCCCUGCCCGCCUGCCUGUCAUCUGGCAGUGUGGUCCCCACCCAUUCUGCUGUUGCCACUGCCCAUGCUGGAGAGGGCCUGGCAUUGGGGGCUGGAGACGAGCCCCUGGUAGGAAGAAGCGCUGGGGUCGUCGGGCACGGGGACUGAGCCAUCCCCCACAACAACGCUGCCCGCCGAACCCGCCCAUGGACCCCAGCAAGAUGGUACUGCAGUCGGUCAACAUGUGCGGGUGGCAGGUACCAGGCUUGCAGGCACCGCGCAAUACCACCCAGUUCAUCAUGGACCAGAUCUAUGAAGACAUGCGUGAGCAAGAGGAGCUGGAGAAGCAGCAGGAAGCUGAGCGGGCACAGCGGGGUGUAGAAGAAAGUCAGCUCCCUGCAGGAGACAGGGAGGAGAAUGAGGAAGAGCUGGAAAGUUUGUUUGGCUUCCUACAAGAGCCUUCCCUUGUCUACAGCCCUGACCCCAACUGGGUUGCCCAGUCCCCCAAAGUACUGCAAGAGGAGGAAACAGAAGAGAAAGGAAUGGAGGAAGAGCAGGGGGAGGGUGGUGAUGAGCAUAAACAGUACUGCGAAGAUUGCAAUGGGGAGGAAGAUGAAAUUGAAGAGGAGGAAGAGCAAGAGGAGGGUGGAGAAGCAGAGGAGGAGGUUGGAGAGGCAGAAGCUCAAGAACAAGAUGAGGUUGGAUAUGGAGAUGCUGACUUAAUGGAAGAGGAGGAAGAGGAGUUUGAAGAGGAAGAGACUGAAGAAGAGGAGGAUCUGGAGGAGGUAGAGGAGGAGAAGGAAGAGGAUGAAGAGAAGAAGCUGACAGUGGAAGAGAAUCAUUUGCCUCUGGAAAUGCCGUUAUCAAUCCUAGUUGGGUCUGAAGAAGAGAGAGAUAACUAUAUAAACUGUACUUAUUUUAGCCCAGAAAAAAUGCUUCAAAAAGUGGCACAGGACCCAUUUUUCACCGUACCGGACAUUAACUUUUAG